GCAUAAUCGGGUAUCCAUUCGUAAGGUACAUGCUACGUAUGCAGCAUGUACCAUCUAGGCCUCUAAGUACUUCGAGCACUUCUCUUAUCGGGUAUAUCGUGAAUAAAUACUAGUCAGGCAAACAACAAGGAUGCACAGUCCCAGACACAAAGCGGCACUCGUACACGCAAUCAAAACAAGACAGAGCGAACACAGAACCAAGGAAAACUCAUACCGCUGAUGGCAGUGAACAUGGAAUGUUAACGUCAUAGAAGACCGGGGUCCGGAGGCACAUGCGAUGUAUGUGGGGAACCAGAUAUAUCGGCGAUCGGGGAUAUCGUGAAGAAUGGUGAGACGACAGCGCACAAAACAAAGAUGCGCAUUGUAAUGUCCAGUAAUUGAAGAUGCAGAUGGUCAGUGCCCUUCCAGGACCUGUGGAUGAAGCGCGGGGGAACCAUGAUGUGAACUGUGAUUCGACCGUUUGCGCGGCGGAAGACUGCGAUCCUCGCCGCGUUCCCAAGGCCGUGGAUGUUUACGACCAGGAGAGUGAUCGACAGCCAUCCUGUCAGAACCGGGUGUGCUUGAACUUGCGCUCACGGUGCUCGGUGACCUCGGACA